AAUUAAAUUAAAAAAAUGAAAAGAAGAAAAUAAAUGAGGUAUGGUAAGAGUCAAAGGGAGCUGAGGUUUGGAUACAGCUUUGAGCACCAGAAACCUCAGGUUUGGACUCUCCACUCUUUCUUUUUCCUCUCUCUCCCAAUUCACGUUCGGAUAUCCGUUAAUCCCACACCAAUCUCCGAACCAAUUUACCGAGCCACCGUGAAAAUUGGUUCGAAAAAAAAAAUGAGCACUAGGGUUCCGGAACACUACAAUCUCAACUCUCCCACUUCCUUCAUCGAAAGCCCUCUCCACGUCCUCAACUCCGUCGAUACCCGAACCACCGCCCCCUCCAUCGACGACAUCACCACCACCGAAGAUCACGCCGCCGCCGUCUGUUUGCCACUUCACAGUACAGAAAUCGAUGAAGAUCGCUCCAGUCUCGAAACAAGCGAAUCUUCUAGAACCUUCUACGAUAUCUUAACCAUUGACGUAGAUGUUUCGCCGAUUGAAUCAGCUAGAGCGAGGUUUAUGCAAAUUGUGAUGGAUUAUUUUAUCGAUGAUCAUGUGAUUGAAGUGAUUGAUUCGGAUGUUGAUUAUGUUGAUCAAGAUAAAAUGAACAAGAGGAGGACGAGAGAGACUCGGUAUGAAGGAGAUCCGAAUUUCGCGCUGCCUUUGAUGUAUGUAGCUAAUAUGUACGAGUGUUUGGUUAAUGAAGUUAAUAUUAGGCUUGCUUCGUUGAAUGGUAUCCGCGACAAGUCUAUCGGUGUUGCUCUUGAAGCUGCUGGUGGUUUGUAUAGAAGACUUGCUAAGAAAUUUCCUAAAAAAGGACCGUGUACAUAUAAGAGAAGAGAAUUGGCAACUUCAACGGAGACGAGGACUAGGUUUCCGGAACUAGUUAUACAGGAAGAGAAGCGUGUUCGCUUUGUGGUAGUGAAUGGAUUGAAAAUUGUUGAAAGACCGAAUUCUGUGCCUAUUGAUGACGCUGAGUGGUUUAAAAGAUUGACUGGUCGGAAUGAAGUAGCAAUCUCAGCUAACGAUUAUAAAUUUUACUCUCCAAGACACAAAUAUAGGCGUGGUGCAUCAAUUUCACUUCCAAAUAUCCCAGAUAUCCCUAGUUAUCCUGGUGCAGACAAUUCUACGACAUUGAAUACUACUCAAGGAUAUCGCUCACCACAAAGUCAGCACCAAGCCCUUGGCAAACAUCACAUGCAAUCACUGGCACAUCAACCCCAGUUUCACCCUGGUCUCCAGAACAAUCAAACUAUGCACCAAAGUCAGCAUGGAGGGCCCUAUUCUCAUAACCAUCAAAAUGGCCCCCCUUCACACCUAUCUGAAAUUUCUCAUUCUCACCAGCCAUCAAUAUCUCAACAGAUGAGUUGCUUACAAUCUUUCACAGGUGGCCAUGUCGGAGGACGCUUGCACAUGAUGCCACCAAGUCCUGCGAAGUUUUGCGAUGAAUGUGGGGCUCCCUAUUUGAGGGAAACAUCAAAGUUUUGCUCCGAAUGUGGUUCAAAGAGCUUUGUCAGUACAGAACUUCAAGAAGCUGAAAGCUUGAAGAUAUCAAGUUUACAUUUUCGGCUCUUUUGCUACGUUACUGGGCAUAUUUUUGCUAAUUAACCACAUGGAUAACAGUGAUGUGUUGUCAACUUGUUUAAGGUAUGAAGGAAUUAUAGAUUCAAUUGGAAGAAGAUGCUAUACAGACUAGUAGCUCAAAUUCUGUCCAGAUUUGAUUUUGGCUCUUUUGACUUUUCGAUUUUAAAAGGGCAACCCGGUGCACUAAAUCUCCCGCAUACGCAGGGUUCGGGAAGGAGUCCCACCAUUUGGUUUGGCUCUUGACUUUUCGAUUUUAUUUAUGGAAAAGGCUAACAAAUUUUCAUUGUAUUAGUAAUCAAAAGUGGUAACUUUUGCAUAAAAAAUUCCGUGUUCGACUUGUAAUUUCAAGAUAAAAUUUCUUUAUUUAGGUUCCUUAAACAAUGUCAUUAACAUUUGUCAACAUGACUCUUUAUUCAUUCACUUAAACCGUAAUGAAUUGAACUUAAAGUCUUAAA